UUUACGGCUCAUCCCGCAUCUCCUGGGCGUGCAGAGCUGGUGGCUUCUGGUUUGUACACGUGUGGCGCUGUCGGUGAUUCGUUUAGUAAUCCCGCUUGUUGGCGUGGUAGCGCCACCCUGAAGAACGGAGUGGCAGCGUCGGCCUAGGCUAGUGAGCUGAUGGAGUUGGCGGCGGAGAAGGAAGGGACUCCGGGAGAAGGUCCCCAGAGGGUAGCGGAGGGGGCGCGGCCGAGACCCGAGGCCGGUGGGGAGGGAGCCUGGGACUUAGGUGGGAGCCCCGAGGCUGGCGAUGGAGAGGAGAGGAACGGAGUUAAGACCACAGAGGAUGCGGAGGAGAUAAAGAUGGACUUAGCCGUGGUGAAGCAGGAAGUGGUGGACUGGUCGGAUGUAGACAUAUCGGACAGCCCCUGGGUAAAGCAGGAGGUGGAGGGCGGACCUGAGGUGAAGGAUGAGAAGGUGGGCGUGCUGGAGGUGAAGCAGGAGGCGGAUGGUAGCCUGGUGGUGAAAGAGGAGACGGUGGAUGCGCCAGAAGUAAAGGAAGAGAAAGUGAAGGUGAAGGAGGAGGUAACGGACUGGGAAGAAGUGACGGAGGACUUGAACGUAAAACAGGAGUUGUUUGUUGGUCAGAACGUAAAGGAGGAGCAGGUGUUGGAGGGAGUGCGCGUCAAAGAAGAGGAUUGCCUCAAGAGAGAAGUGAUGGACGGCGCGCAGGUGAAGGAAGAGCCCCAGACGAAUCACCGAGUGGGCUGCAAGAGGAAGUUGGCCAUGUCAAGGUGUGGAACUUGUGGGACUGAAGAAGCGAAGUACCGAUGUCCACGCUGCAUGCGCUAUUCCUGCAGUUUGCCCUGCGUAAAGAAGCACAAAGCAGAGCUGACUUGUAACGGCAUCCGCGAUAGAACUGCCUAUGUCUCGCUGCAGCAGUUUACUGAGAUGAAUCUGCUAAGCGACUAUCGAUUUUUGGAAGACGUGGCAAGAACAGCAGACCAGGUUUCAAGAGAUACUUUCUUGAAAAGGCCAAAGCGCAAGAAAUAUCUAUUCUUUAUGAAAAAUCGUGCCCGAAAGCAAGGUAUUUUCUUGAGGCUUCUACCCAACGGAUUCAGCAAGAGGAAAGAGAACUCAACAGUUUUUGACCAUAGGAAGCAGCAGUUUUGUUGGCAUGUAAAGCUCCAGUUUCCGCAAAGUCAAGCUGAGUAUGUAGAGAAAAGAGUACCAGAUAAUAAAACUAUUAAUGAAAUUCUAAAACCUUACAUUGAUCCUGAAAAAUCUGAUCCUGUGAUCCGUCAAAGAUUGAAAGCCUACGUACACUCGCAGACUGGGGUCCAAAUUUUAAUGAGGGUUGAAAAUAUGCAGCAAAAUAUUGUAAGAUAUUAUGAACUGGAUCCUGACAAAAGUCUCUUAGACAAUCUGAAGAACAAAGUGAUCAUUGAAUAUCCAACUUUGCACGUGGUAUUGAAAGGAUCCAGUAAUGACCUGCAGCUUCUUCACCAAGUGAAAAGUGAAUCUACCCAGAAGCUUGGUGAUGGAAAUUGAGCACUUGUGGAAGAAGGUGAAAGUUCCCAGAUGGUCGAGAAGAUCAUGUGUAGAUGGGCAGUUGGGUGACUGGGGAGCUGCUGAAGGGCGCAUGGAAUGUGUUAUCUAAAAGGAAAUUAAAUAGCAUAACUUUCUUUUGAAAA